UAAAGCGCUAUAUAAAUAAAGGUGAUUGAUUGAUUGAUAAGUAUAAGCAGUUUUUUUCAGGCUUUUAAUGUAAGAGGCGAUUGCAAAUAGAAGAUUAGAAAUAGAAGAUUGUAAAUAGUGCCAGUUUUCAUGUUGACUUUAAUUAUAAAUAUUUCAUUUAUAGUCCAGGCAAUAGCUCAGUCGAGUUUACAUAUUAUGUAUUAAAGAGUAAAGUCUCUCUAUCCACCAAAGGGUCAUUAGCCUAAAAACUGAUGUGUGUAGUAUGUUUUGAGCAGGAGAAGGCAGACUUUACAAGAUAAUGGAGGAUGCUAUUGCUGUGAUUGGCUGUUUUUUCUGUGCGGGAAAAUGUGAGGGGGUGGGCUUUGCCUUUCUGGAGAAGGAGGAGGAACAGCCAGGAGACCGUGAGUGUGUGUGUGUGUGUGUGUGUGUAUGUGUGAAAGAAAGAGAGAGAGAGUAAGCAGCCGUACACAUGCUGGUUGGCAUGGACACACGACAGGCAAAUGGAAAAGAAAUAUUCUAAAGAUUCUGCUUCCUUCCAGUCCAUAAUCAGGUAAGAAAAAGAAAAUGACAAAUAAAGAAGAACAAAGACAGAUAGAGGGACACUGGAUGUUUGCAGACUGGUGAAUAUGUGUAAUAACAACAUAGGUGGAUAGAUGCUUUGUGUUCUUGUGUGAAGGUCUGCUCACAUGUGCAUGAUGAAGAACAUGAUGAUAUUCCUAGACUGUGACUUAUCGUGGAUUGUUUGUGAAUAGAUAUAUUUGUGGUCAUUUGCACAUACAUGAAAGAUGCAAAAGAUGCAGCAUGUCUUCUCUGUGGCUUUGCUGCUUCUGAUGGUAUCAUGGUAACAGCUCAAAAUGCUGUCAGAUCUGUCCUCCUGCUAGUUUGCUGUGCUGUCCUCUGCUCCUCUAUAGGGCCUCCUGUGCUGUCUUCAUAUGCCAAGACAGAAGACAAGCUGUUUAAACAUCUCUUCAGCAACUACCAGAAAUGGGUGAGACCAGUGGAGGAUCUAAACAGAACGGUGCAGGUCAAAUUUGGUCUGGCUAUCUCCCAGCUCGUGGAUGUGAAUGAGAAGAACCAGUUAAUGACAACCAAUGUUUGGAUGAAGCAGGAAUGGACAGACAUGAAACUCCGAUGGAAUCCGGAUCAUUAUCUGGGCAUCACCUCCAUCAGAGUUCCCUCAGACUCCAUCUGGAUUCCUGACAUUGUGCUCUAUGACAAUGCAGAUGGUAAUUUCGAGGCCACAGUGACAAAAGCGGUAGUCAGAUAUGACGGCACUAUUUCCUGGACUCCUCCUGCUAACUAUAAAUCUGCCUGCACCAUCGAUGUGACGUUCUUCCCCUUUGACCUUCAGAACUGCUCCAUGAAGUUUGGCUCCUGGACCUACGAUGGUUCCCAGGUGGAUAUUCUCCUUGAAGAUGUACAUGUGGACAAACGUGACUAUUUUGACAACGGUGAAUGGGAGAUUGUGACGGCCACAGGUAGCCGGUGUUUGAGAAGUGAUGGAACCUUCUUCUAUCCAUUCAUCACUUAUUCCUUUAUUAUCAGACGUCUUCCUCUUUUCUACACACUCUUCCUCAUCAUUCCCUGCAUUGGAUUGUCUUUCCUGACCGUGCUGGUGUUUUAUCUCCCAUCUAACGGAGGGGAGAAAAUCUCCCUCUGCACGUCUGUCCUCGUCUCUCUUACUGUCUUUCUUCUGGUGAUAGAAGAGAUCAUCCCUUCCUCCUCAAAGGUGAUUCCUCUCAUUGGAGAAUAUCUGGUCUUCACUAUGAUCUUCGUGACACUUUCCAUCGUCAUCACUGUCUUUGCCAUUAACAUCCAUCAUCGCUCCUCAUCCACUCAUCACAACAUGGCGCCCUGGGUCCGCCGUAUCUUUCUGCACCACUUGCCUAGACUGCUCUGCAUGCGCAGCCAUGUGGACCGCUAUGCCACCACCACAGCGAGAAAUGGAAGAGAAGGGCUGGGCCAUGGGAAGAGUUCAGGCCAGGAUUCCACUCCUUUGCUCAAUGCAGAACAGAGUCUGCGGGCAGCCUUAGAAUCUAUACGCUACAUCACUCUUCAUGUGGUGAAGGAGAAUGAAGUCAGAGAGGUUGUUCAGGACUGGAAGUUUGUGGCCCAGGUUCUGGACCGGGUUUUCCUGUGGGUGUUUCUCUUAGUAUCACUGCUUGGCUCUGCUCUGCUUUUCAUUCCUGUCAUCUAUAAAUGGGCCAACAUAAUUGUUCCCAGCUAUGCUGGAAGUACCAGCUAAAACACAUGAAUGUAUAACAUUUUAAAAUCUUUGGCUUGGAUAACAUUUUUGCAUUAUUAUAUUUAUAACUGUAGUCCUCAAAACAUCUAUGCAACUUGUGGCAAUUGAGCGCUGUAAUUUAUGCAGUAACGUUCUGCAUUACAUUAUACGUUGUCUGCUGAUUUCAUUACAAUAAAAUGUACAAUAAUAACUGUGACUGUGUCAAAGUUAUUGUGCUUCCUGAAAAUAUUAUAAAAACUCCUAAAAUACUCCAUGGUUUUACUAGGCUGUGAUGUUAACCAUAGUAUAAGUCUUAAUACAUAAUAAGUCCCACUCCAACUUCCUGUUCAUACAUAGUAUGUCCCGCUCCAGAUUCCUGUUUAAUAGAAAAUGCAUCAACACAGGACAAACAUAUCAAGUUAUUUCAUGGGAUAAAGAGUUUUACAGGAAUUGUUCUGACCAAAGUACAAAAGUGCUGAAAAUUUCCACACUCUCGAUUGUAGAUGUGUUUGUUUUUUCAUCAUAACUGAUUUGGAAACAUUUAGCAUUACAUCACUUGCUCACAAAUGGAUCUUCUGUAGAGAAUAGGCUCCAUCAGAAUGAGAGUCCAAACAGCUGAUACUUCAUUUGUUUCUCUGUGUGCAACAAAACAACUGGGAAAAGUCAUGGUUCCCUUUCAGUCGGUCA